UCGAUGAAUUCCUGUCUUCCCGCGCAGUUUGAAAACUUGGAAGCACCAAAACCCCGUUAGAUCCAAAAUAUCCGUCUUUUUUUCCUCAAUCUCCAGCUGUAAGCGCUCUGUUUCGCCCGGAAUUUCUCUUUAAGUCAGGAGCUUGGAUUCUCGCUGGUGUGAUAGUUGAUUUUAUCGCUUGCAAGCGUGAAAAUGGCGAUGCAAGAGCGUCCGCGACAACAAGCCACCGAGGAAGAAGGCGAGGACGUUAUCGGUCCUCUUUCCAUCCGAAAACUUGAGGAGCACGGGAUAAGUGCUAAUGAUGUUAACAAACUUAUUGAUGCUGGGUUCCACACGAUAGAAGCCAUCACCUACACCCCCAAGAAACACCUUCUCUCUAUCAAGGGAAUCAGCGAAGCAAAAGCUGAUAAAAUCAUCAAUGAGUCGUCAAAACUAGUGCCAAUGGGGUUUACGACAGCAACAGAGUUUCACAUGCGGCGAGCUGACAUGGUCAUGAUUACGACUGGUUCCAAGGAACUAGACAAGCUCCUUCAAGGCGGUAUAGAGACAGGCAGUAUCACUGAGUUGUUUGGGGAGUUCCGUACUGGGAAGACGCAGCUUUGCCACACCCUGGCAGUCACUUGUCAACUUCCUAUUGAUCACGGUGGUGCAGAAGGCAAGUGCCUUUACAUCGACACAGAGGGGACAUUCCGACCUGAACGACUGCUAGCUGUUGCAGAGAGGUAUGGAUUGAAUGGGCAAGAAGUGUUGGACAAUGUAGCGUAUGCCAGGGCAUACAACACAGACCACCAGACAAAGCUGUUACUGGAAGCCUCUGCUAUGAUGGCUGAGACGAGGUAUUCCCUUCUGGUGGUGGACAGUGCGACAGCCUUGUACCGGACAGAUUACUCAGGGCGAGGAGAACUCUCAGCCAGACAGAUGCACAUGGCCAGGUUCCUUAGAACCCUGCUACAAAGAGCAGAUGAGUUUGGUGUUGCCGUGGUGAUCACUAAUCAGGUGGUGGCACAAGUAGAUGGUGCGGCAAUGUUCCAAGCUGAUCCCAAGAAACCUAUUGGGGGCAACAUUAUGGCCCAUGCCUCAACAACAAGGUUGUACUUUCGUAAAGGAAGAGGUGAAACAAGAAUAUGUAAAGUGUACGACUCCCCGUGUCUGCCGGAGGCAGAGGCCAUGUUUGCUAUCAAUGCUGAUGGAAUAGGUGAUUCAAAGGACUAAUGUUGGGAAAUAUAACAUAUGGCUGGAGAUCACAUGAUUUUGUACACACUUCAUUAUUAUUAUUUAGGCAUGUGGGUUUAGAGACUGGUAGUUUUCUGGGGAAACAAGAGAAGCAACAGUUAGAGAUAUCAGGGGAAGGAAUUAAAGCUAAGUUCAAACUUUGUAUUAUUAUCCAUAAGCCAUAUAUACCCUACAUGUAAAUGAACCAAGUCAAUUAUUUUAUUUUCAUUUGCAUGCAUUAACAUUGAAUAAGGCUUAUGGACAAUAUUAAGUUUUAACUUAGCCUUAGCAAUUAUUCUACAGAAACGAUGUGUCACUUGAGUGUCACUAGCUUCCACAGUGUAGGGAUCUGAGGUAUUUUGACUUUAGAUCAUAAAUACAACGCUUGAUAAUGUAACAACAAUGAUGUAACUCUAUAGUGACCGUUUUAUUAUUUACAUUGCUAAAUUCUUCAUGAGGCCAGAAUUUUUAUGCAAACUUCUCAAAUUCAAAUGUUAUAUAAUUAUAAAAUGUAUUUUUUUUAUUACAAGAUAAUGAAGGCAUAUAAAAUUCUGGUCACUAUUUAAAAAAAAUGCUAAAAAAAUCAAUUAAAUUCAUAUGUACAUAUUUUUCGUAAAAUUUAUGUGGUUUAGAAUAAAUGUUUUAGAUUGUCA